AUGAGAGACUCUCCGUCGCCGGAUCAACAUGGUGUAUAUAACAGUGCCCCGCUGUACCCACCCCUUAGAAGGAGCGGACGAACUCUGUACGAGACGCCGCAGCAGCAACAGCAACAACAACAACAGCCAACACAAUAUCACACCUCUGCGGCGUCAUUGCCGUCGGACUAUGCGCUGGGGUUAUCGCCGUAUCCUCCGACGCAUGGGAUCUCGGCCAGCAGCUCGCCGCAACCCACUGAUAAUUAUAUGGACUCCUUCUCGGGAAUGCAGAUGCCGGAUGUUUUGGAUAUGAACAUGGACUCAACGUCGAUGGGAAUUGAUCUCGGCAUCCUCAGUGCGGAGGAGCAUCACGACCUGCGGAUUCUCGAAGAGAGGGCGCGGAGAUCGGGCCCGGCUAGAAGUGAACCUGAAGUACUGGACAUCAGCGGCAGCGAAAGGAAGCGUCGCCACCGGCGGGCUCCGAGUGACGAAAGUACGGAUACCACCACGUCCGGAAAACCCAGCGCUACUAAGAAGCAAAGGGGAAGACCGAGACUGGAUCCAAAAGACGAGAAUGCGGCCGAUCGUCGACGGACACAGAUCAGACUCGCUCAGCGUGCGUACCGGCUGCGGAAAGAGACGACAAUAUCUUCAUUGCGUAAUCGGGUCACCCAGCUCGAGGGUUCCGUGGAAGCCAUGCAGAGUACCUUCUUUGAGAUGCAUUCGUCGGCUAUGGAUUUCAUCAAGGAGCUUGAUAGCCCCGCUCAACAAGAAGCAUACAGCGCGAUCCUUAGAACAGGAGCGGAACGGUUCGUCGCAGUAGCGAGGGGUGCCAUCGGGCAGGAUUCUGGCGACUCGUUAGGGGAGGAAGAUACUGGAGACGACCAACCCCAUAGCCGCCAGAGACCGCGGAGCCGAGAUGACGGAGGUCCUGCAUCCGGUGGUACCAGCAACAACACUUCGAUGCCCUCGUGGGGCGGAUAUCAGAUCGCCUAUGGCCGCGACCCUCAGCAGGAAGCAUACGACACCCAACAAGGCGGAUCAACCUCAUCCUCGUCACGAGCGACCUACGAAACUCCCGCCCAAGAUCCAAUCGACAAUAUUUUCUACCAGAAUUUCAACCUGUUCCCCGCGAUCCGGCAGGAGUUGGAUCCGGUAAGCUACAGCUUCCAGGAAUCCUCCUUCUCUCGUCGGCUUCACCGCGCCUGCCUCGAGAGUGCCCACCAUCUGCUCUCUACAGCCUCAGCACACCAACAUGAAGUUUCAAAGACAUUUGCAUACAGCCGCUGCUACGCUUCGCGCGAGGAAAUUCUCAGCACCAUCACUCGCAUGCUCCGAGGCGGCGCCACAGACCCCCUCAACCCAUCCGCGUACGCCGAGACCGGUCCCGCCGUCUCCAACGAAGCAUACGAAAUAUCCCUGCGGGCCUCUAUGGGCCGCAAACAGUUGGCUAUGCUUGGAAUCACCGACAAGUUCCUUAAGCCAGUAGACGUUGAACAGCGCUUGGUGGAGAAAGGCCUCCAGGCCGACAUCGAUGCCUCCAACGCCAGCGACCACGCAGGGAGCCCGGCGUCAAGUCAGGAUCUAGGGUACCACUCAUCCGGCUGCAGCAAUGGAUCCAUGGACUCCACCGCCAACUGCUGCGACGUGGAUAUGGAGACGGGUUUCUCGGCUGCCUCCGAGGCAGUCGAGGAAGUGAUGCACAUGCAGCCAGUCACCGAAGGCGCAAAACGGCGGGUGGAUAUGGAUGUUCUCAUCAAAGGUUAG